AUGAAGCGCUGUCGCUCGGCCUCGCCAGCCGACACAGGCCCACAUAGACCUCUCAGCGACCUCUUUCAACUACCUGAACUCUUUCUGCGUGUUCUUUCCUUUCUCUCGCCCAGCGACCUCGCACGCACACAGACCGUCAACAAGCACUGGGCUCGCGCCGCCCUCGACCCGCAACUAUGGAAGCGCCUCUACCUUGAACGAUAUCCCCACCCGCACCACUCGCGUUUGGUCUACUCCCGGUCACGGUCAGCGACACCACUACGCCCCAUUGCACGAUUACCGAGUCGUGCAUUCCCGCCACCCAGCCCAAGUCCGACUCCGGCGCCUGAUAGCCACGCACAUGGAGACCUGGACUUGGAUCGAGGUGACGACACGGUCCGUCACGAUGGUGUCGAUUGGAAGCACAUGCUGAAGCUGGGUACAAACUGGUCCAACGGCAAUGUCCACGCCGAAGGCUCACUCGACCUCCCACCAUCGCCAGCCGCCAGCCGCGAGCGGGACUUCCUGGGCCCACCAGAAUCGGGACAACACCUCGCCCUAUUUCCCUCGUUCAUCUGUGCAUCGUCACUGUCUUCCCCACUGGUGCACAUCUACGCUUCCAGUGCCGCCUCAGGGUCGCCGCUCGGUAUUGUGCCGCCUCCACCGGGCUGGUCCUCGCCAGCACGCCCGGACCUAGUCACUGCCAUCGUCGCCGAUCAAGCCGUGACUCCAGCAGACGGGUCCCAUGUCCCAGCACGCCUAGGAAUCUUCUAUGAAUCAGGAGGGUUCGCUAUUGUCCGCCUGCGGUUGGCGGAGGACGGCCGGUUAGUCUGGGUGCGCGAGGCUCUCAGCACUACCCGUUCGCGACCUCGGCGUCGUCAUGCCGUCCCGCAGCGAGAUGACGACCCAGUGGUCCUCGCUGUGAUGCACUACCCAGUGUUGGUAUCGUGUACCGUUGGCUUUCACUUGGUCGUAUACAAGCUGGCGGACGGCAGCCCGACAUUGGUCCGAACGCUCCGCUCCGACGUGAGCUUUCACCCGGCGGCCCUGUCGUUGUUGCCACCGCAAACUGCUGGUGGAACCCGAUAUCGUGCCGCCUUGACAUACUCUACGCCUGUGUACCCGUCGUCUUGGGCUGUGGCAGAGCAAGAGCUUGUCAUCAACCUCGCCGCCGGUGCCAGUGUGCGCCGUGGUGAAUGCUACCACGUCCAAGCCGCCGAGACGUCGCCAACAGCCUGGCCGCGCCGCAUCGAUCCCGUCCCUGGCGUGCGCGGCCGCGCCAUAGGUGUUGGAAGUGAUGGGCGCUGGGUCGUACUCGCAGGCGAGGACAGUGUCAUCCACGUGUACUCGCUACCGGCUGCCGGUGAAAGGGCGAUCACACAUGCUCAGACUCUGCUUGCGCCGAGCACUGGCGUCAGCUCUCUGGCACUCGUUAGUGGGCGAGCCAUUAGCGGUGGCCGGGACGGGCGAGUUCUCGUCUGGGAGCUGGACGAGGCGGCCGAUGGCGAAGAGGGGGUCGGGAUGGAAGCGAGAGUUGGACGUGUGGGUAUGGCUAUGGGGUACGUCGAGGUCAAGGCUGGUGGACGCCGUUCGCGGCCGCGCGAGCCAUCGCCACCCACAGAGGCCGACGAGGACCAAGACGACCUUGCACUCCUUCCACACCCCGCAAGUAUCUCUGGCGAAGCACGCCGCCUCUUCCUUGCCUCGCCGCCCGUAUCCAUGGCGCCCGCCUCUGUCGCUGCACCACCCAAGGAGCAAACUGGUUUGGGCGUUCGGCAAGUAGCAUUCGACGAGGAGCGUAUUGUGGGGCUGGAGGGGGACGUGAUGCGUGUGUGGAGCUUUAGUUGA